AGAUCUCCAUCGUCACGUUGCAUGUGUGAUUGGCCCCAUAGGGGCAAGUAUGGACGUCGAAGGGGGCUGCAUCUACAAUUUCAUAUAUAAUAGAGGUAUUGCCCGGCUAUGGACUGUUCUACUUACUUCUAUCUUCACGGCGAUCGCUACAGCUAGGUACUUACCAAUCAACCUAGACUACAUACCUCACCAGAAGCAUUGCCGCAAAUAUAAUCGCACGACACAGCAGCAAAACACACAUUUCCAGUCUACCAACCCCCAAAAUGCUGUUCCCAAUCCCCCUCCUCGCCAUCUUCACCCUCACCACCGCCCUCCCCUCCACCACCCCCUCAUCCCUCUUCACCCGCCAAGACGCCUGCGCAGGCGACCCAUCCGCCUCCGGGCACUGCACACCUUUGACCUACAACGACGUCCUCUCUUCCUCCCCCUCCUCCUCUUCCGGCGGCGCAACAACAACAGACUGCGAAUCGACCUGCGCGUCCGUGCUCGCGGACGCGGGGGACUGGGGCGUGGACUUCCGCGGGCAGCCCGCCGGGUACGUGGACGGGAUGUUCCUGAGCGGGUGCCGGUUCGGGAUCGCGCGGGCGACGGACGCGGACGCGUCGCAGUUCGAGAUCACGGUCGCGAACCAGGAUAUUGUUGGUGUGAUCGGGGAGAGUAUCAAGAGGUUUGGCGGCGCGCAUGAGGGGAGGGUGAGCGCGGAGGGGACUAUGGAUUGUGAGGGGCAUACGGUGAGGUGGUUUGUUGGGUAUUAGUGUGUCUGUGAGGUGGGAUGGAGGGAUUUAGAGGGAAGGGCACGGGGAGGGGGUGAAGGGUGAGGGUGAGAUUGGGCUGGUAUACGGGCGAGUUUACGGAUUCUUGGACGGAGUUGGUAGUAUUGACGAAUCUUGAGGAUGAGGUGGUUCUUGGCUUGGCAGAAGGAUGGCCGCUAGGCCUAGGGCGUUCACGGGGUGUGGGAAUGGGAUGGGGCAUGGUAUAAGAUGAAAUAUAAUCUGGAUGCUUUGAGAACCAAUAUGAACAUAGAGCCCAUCGUGAGUUCAUUUAGAACGUUCGGUGUAGUUCGUACCUAGUCUACUCGUCUCGUAUUAUGAUAUUCUCAUUUCCUCUAGAUGUCUACACAAUAUCAAGCAUUUUCGAAUAUGUAAUGUCAC